AUGUGUACACAUGGUGACAUCCGGACGGAACCUGCAGAAAACAUUUACUUCAAUGUUCCAUGUGCUUCUGACCAGACAUGUGUAAUUCGACUUACAAACAUCAGUUCGAGAAGGAUCGCAUACUCGGUUCAGAUGUGGACUGACACUCAGGAAAACAUACCGGGCCGUCACUACACCAUAAAGCCACCAAAUGGUGUGUUGUCACCAUACCACAAGGUACUGGUUCACGUUUCCGUCGAUCCGUUCCAAUUCGAAACCAACAAAAUGUUGCAAGACAAAGUAGUGAUCAAAUAUUUCGAAGCCCCACGAGAAGGCGACGUCUAUUCCGAUCAAUGGACGCUGACUGCUCCAGUGAUUCACCAAAAACUGAUGCCAGUUUUUUAUAAUUGGUGA